GAGCACAAUUUUUUUCCUGCAUUUGCCUCUCUUUGAUUGGUGGAUUGGCGCUUUAAAUAAAGGUUUCUGAUCUUUCCAGAAUGAGAGAUACAGAGAGAGCCCCAGGAACAGUCCAGAAAAAAAUUAAUCUUCUUUUCUUAGAACUGUUUUGAUUGGCAUCAUCAGGCCUGGGAGCACAGUGAAUGUCAGCAUCGAAGAUUCCACUUUUCAAAAUGAAGGGCCUGCUCCUGUUCCUGUCCCUAGUGAAAAUGAGCCUCGCCGUGCCGGCAUUUCCUCAACAACCUGGGGCUCAAGGCAUGGCACCUCCUGGCAUGGCUAGUUUGAGCCUUGAGACAAUGAGACAGUUGGGAAGCUUGCAGGGACUCAACGCACUUUCUCAGUAUUCUAGACUUGGCUUUGGAAAAGCACUUAAUAGUUUAUGGUUGCAUGGACUCCUCCCACCGCAUAACUCUUUCCCAUGGAUAGGACCAAGGGAACAUGAAACCCAGCAGUAUGAAUAUUCUUUGCCUGUGCAUCCCCCACCUCUCCCAUCACAGCCAUCCUUGCAGCCUCACCAGCCAGGACUGAAACCCUUCCUCCAGCCCACUGCUGCAACCGGUGUCCAGGUCACACCCCAGAAGCCAGGGCCUCAGCCUCCCAUGCACCCUGGACAGCUGCCCUUGCAGGAAGCAGAGCUGACAGCACCAGAUGAGCCGCAGGUGGCGCCAUCGGAGAACCCACCGACACCUGAGGUACCAAUAAUGGAUUUUGCUGAUCCACAAUUUCCAACAGUGUUCCAGAUCGCCCGUUCGAUAUCUCGGGGACCAAUGGCACACAACAAAGCCUCCGCUUUUUACCCAGGAAUGUUUUACAUGUCUUAUGGAGCAAACCAAUUGAAUGCUCCUGCCAGAAUUGGCUUCAUGAGUUCAGAAGAAAUGCCUGGAGAAAGAGGAAGUCCCAUGGCCUAUGGAACUCUGUUCCCAGGAUUUGGAGGCUUCAGGCAAACCCUUAGGGGAUUGAAUCAGAAUUCACCCAAGGGAGGAGACUUUACUGUGGAAGUAGAUUCUCCAGUGUCUGUAACCAAAGGCCCUGAAAAAGGAGAGGGUCCAGAAGGCUCCCCACUGCAAGAGGCCAACCCAGGCAAGCGGGAAAACCCCGCUCUCCUUUCACAAAUGGCACCUGGGGCCCAUGCAGGACUUCUUGCUUUCCCCAAUGACCACAUCCCCAGCAUGGCAAGGGGUCCUGCAGGGCAAAGGCUCCUUGGAGUCACCCCUGCAGCUGCAGACCCACUGAUCACCCCUGAAUUAGCAGAAGUUUAUGAAACCUAUGGUGCUGAUGUUACCACACCCCUGGGUGAUGGAGAAGCAACCAUGGAUAUCACCAUGUCCCCAGACACUCAGCAGCCACUGAUGCCUGGAAACAAGAUGCACCAGCCCCAGGUGCACAACGCAUGGCGUUUCCAAGAGCCCUGACAACCUUGACAUAGCAGCUACUCUGUGUAUGCACAAGCUUUCCAGCUUUGUCCCCAUAGCGUACCUUGUUGCUAAAACACUUGCUACCCUUCUGCAGGAAGGUGUUAAGAGCAGUAAGCAUGUAUUAAUAAAUACAAGUGGCUAGAAAUAGCGUAGGUCCCUUCUUGCUUCCAUUCUUAUUGAAAUAAAAUGUAUCAACUGU